AUGAUCACAAUUAUAUAUUCCGCAUUAGUCAUCCUGCUCUGCGAUGUGUCAUCAUCGGCAAUGGCUCUAGAUUAUAAAAUACCACCAGCCACCAUUGAAGUCUACUAUCCCAAGGGAUUUCAAGUUUCCAUACCUCAUGAGGAGGGCAUUACUUUGUUUGCAUUCCAUGGUAAAUUAAAUGAGGAAAUGAAUAAUCUGGAGGCAGGAACCUUUUCCAAAGAUAUUUUAAAGCCGAAAAAUGGCAGAUGGAUUUUUAGUGAUGAUUCGGCCCAUCUCGAAUUGGGUGAUACCCUAUACUAUUGGACUUAUGUUGAAUUCAAAGGCCUGGGUUAUCGUGAAGAUGAUGGGGUCUAUGUGGUUAAGGAAUAUGCCAAUACUUCGAUGACACCAACAACUUCGGUUACAACCGGCAAUAGGCCCACCACAGUUCAAAGUUCAACGGAGGCGAGUGCCAGUUGCCCGAAAUCAGCCACCUUUGUAAAUGGUGCUCCCAGACGCUGUGCCGGUCAAUUAAUUUUCGUAGAAAAAUUUGAGGGUCACCAUUUGGAUGCCAAUAAAUGGACAGUGGAACGGCGCAUACCUCAUGCCCCCAACUAUGAAUUCAAUGUGUAUCUCGAUGAUGUGGAAGAUGUUCUGCAACUGCGUAAUGGCAUACUGCGUAUCAAACCAAAAUUAACGGAUGAGCAUUUUGGGCAUGGAGCAACCCGAAAAACACCACUAAGUCUAGGCACAACUUGCACCGGUAAAUUGGAUUCCGAUGAAUGUUCAAUUAUACCACGAGGUGUAAAAAUUCUACCACCCUAUAUAUCGGCUCAGUUUACGACAAAAAAUAAAUUCAAAUUUAAAUAUGGCCGAGUAGAGGUUCGAGCCAAAAUGCCCCAGGCUAUGUGGGUGUUUCCCCAACUCUGGCUGGAGCCCAAUGAGCGCAAAUAUGGUGAUGACUACUAUAACUCGGGACAAAUGCGUAUUGCCCAGACACGGAAUGAUGGCGCCAAGACAGAUUUACUUGCCGGUCUGGUGUUGAACUCCCACCCUGCCUGGCAUUCCUUUAAGCUAUGCCUGAAUAACCAAAGUCAAGAGAAAUUAGCCGAUAAACAGUUCCACACCUAUGAAAUUUUGUGGACACCAGAUGUCAUCACAUUUUCCCUAGACUCCAAGGAAUAUUGUCGCUAUGAAGUGCGCAGCGACGAAGAAAGUUUUCAAAAUCUUAAACUUGAUGACAAGGUUCGAGCCUGGCAUCAUCUUCGCAGCGGUUAUUUACCCAACCGCCAUCUGCUGCAAAGCGGUACCAAAUGGGCACCAUUCGAUCAGGAAUUUUAUCUUCUGGUGGGUGAGGGCAUUGGCGGUUUUAGUGAUUUCCAUGAGGGUAAAUGGUCGAAAGAGAAACCAUGGCACAAUACCGAUCCAAAGGCAAUGUUGAAAUUCUAUAACCACUAUCGUUCGGAUACCACUUGGUUGCAACAUGCCGAUUUUCAAAUUGAUUAUAUUAAAGUAUAUUCUGUAUAA